CCGUUAGGGUUCAUCAUUCAACUCCCAAGUUCUCUCUCUCUCUCUCUCUCUCUCUCUCUCUCUCUCUAUGUUUCUCUCUCCUCUACCCUUUCUUCAUACUCCCAAUUUCCAAUUUCACACAAUCUGAUUCACUUCCCCUUUUCAAUUCCUCACUUUCCACCCAUUUUCGAUCUCUUCUUCUUGUUCAUGUUACAAUGCCUGCCACUGAUUUUCAAGGUUCUUCCUCGCCGUUAACCAACAUUGGCCGUUCCAUCUUCAGUCUCCGCCGCGAUCAAGUUCAUUCCAUGGAAGGGGGUUCUCACGACGGCAUCGUUUUGGACUCUGACCUUGAUUCCUUCCAGAAGCAGGUCACUCAACACUUCCAGGAUUUGUCGUCGGCUUCUUCUGAUGAUAUUUUGUCGCUCUCCUGGAUUCGGAAGCUUUUGGAUGCUUUCAUUUGCUGUCAGGAGGAAUUUAAGAUUAUUUUGUUUGGGCAUAAGGCGCAAAUUUGUAGACCUCCGAUGGAUAGGAUGGUUUCGGAUUACUUGGAGAGGAGUGUGAAGGCGCUCGAUGUUUGUAAUGUGAUUAGAGAUGGGAUUGAGCAGUUGAGGCAGUGGCAGAAGUUGUUGGAGAUUGUGCUUAGUGCUUUGGAUAAUUCUAGUUACAAGAAGAUUCUUGGCGAGGGCCAAUUUCGCCGUGCGAAGAAGGCUUUGAUUGACUUAGCCAUUGCAAUGCUCGACGAAAAUGAUGCCAAUUCUCCGGCUAUUGCUCAGAGAAACCGUUCAUUUGGACGUAAUAACGGUACCAGAGACCGUAGGUCUUUGGGGCAUUUCCGUUCGCUUUCAUGGAGUGUUUCGCGUUCCUGGUCAGCCGCUAGGCAGCUACAGGCAAUUGGGAGCAAUUUGGCUGCUCCGAGAGCGAAUGAGAUUGUGCUUACGAAUGGGCUUGCGGUCCCUGUAUUCACCAUGAACAUGGUAUUGCUGUUUGUAACGUGGGCUUUGAUAGCGGCGAUUCCUUGCCAGGACCGUGGCUUACAUGUUCAUUUUUCGCUUCCCAGACAGUUCUCAUGGGCGGCGCCAAUGCUUUCUCUUCACGAUCGGAUUUUGGAAGAAUCGAGACGGCGGGAAAGAAGAAAUGCAUGUGGGUUGUUGAAGGAGAUUCAUCAGAUUGAUAAAUUUGCGCAUAUUAUGAAUGAAUUGGCUGAUACAGCACAAUUCCCUUUGACAAACGAAAGGGAAGAAGAGGUGAGGCGAAGAGUGCAGGAGCUAUCUCAGAUUUGUGAAACAUUGAAGAUUGGCUUGGAUCCUCUGGAACGUCAAAUUAGAGAGGUGUUUCAUCGAAUUGUGCGCUCAAGAACUGAAGGGCUUGAUUGUUUAGGACGAGGAAAUACCCAUGAAUAGAAAUUCUCAGAUUAUUGCAGAAUUACAGGACAUCUUCGAAGUUGGCUUCCAGAAUUGUGAAAAGUUUGAACAAUGAACGAGUAAAUUAAACAAAAGGGGAAACUAUUCAAAAUUGUACGCUGUAUUUCCCUGCUUCUGGGAAACUGACAUUUGGGAGGUCACACACGCACAGUGUCUAUGUCUCCCUCGCGCUACGUGUCUCUCAAAAAGAAUCAUCGUUUUACUUUUAGUUAUUUAUUUGGAGGAAGAAUAAAGAAUAUGAAUUACCUUGAUAACAAGAAAUUUGAAUCCGGAUUUGAGGAAGUGGGUGACUUUGACCUUUGGUUGUGAGGAAGAAUAAAGGGGAGUAUAAGAUUUAUCUCAGUCUCUGGAUCCAUGCCAUGUGAAAACUAAAACAAUGUUUGUGAAAGCAGAAGAAGAGUGCGCUGUGAGCUUAGUCGAUUCCGGUUCUCUGCUGCUGGUAAAAAUCGAAGCCCUACAGUUCUGUUCCGCAUCUUUACAACCAAUGAAUGGAAUUCUGAUGUUUGAUGCAAGCCUCUAGAGCUUACUGACCAUUGAAGGUUCCACGUGGUGAUAUUAUGGGCAACUGGCUAUUUUAACAUUAUUCUGACCGCAUUUACAUUUUGGGAGUAUUGUGAAAAGUUUUAUUUGUUAUGGGAAGUUUUUGCUGCUUCAGCAUUUUUUUUAACCUUUCACGUUUUUCUCCGUCUUACUUUUUACCAAGUUAAAUGCUACAGUUACAAGGGAGGCAAGAAGAGCUGACCCUGCAAUGAUGAUUGAAGUACGCAUUUUUAA